GUGGGCCCCACAGAGCAGUCAAAGCACCCACUGCUGCCUCGCGUUCUCCAUCUCCUCCCCUCACGCACCCAGACGACGACGAGAUGGAUUUCUCCGGCGGCGGCGGCCGCGGCGACCCGGCACGGUGGCUGGAGAUCGCCGGGAAGCUGCUCGCGGCGCGGGACCUGGUCGGCUGCAAGCGCCUCGCGGAGCGCGCGGUGGACGCGGAGCCCCUCCUCCCGGGCGCCGACGAGCUCCUCGCCGUGGCCGACGUCCUCCUCGCGUCCCAGCGCCUGCUCCCCUCCGGCCGCCCCGAUCCCAUCGCCGUGCUCCACCUCCAACCCAACCCCGACCCCGCCGAGGUCAAGCGCUCCUACCGCCGCCUCUCCAACCUCCUCUCCUCCAACCCUCGCCCCGGCGCUGACGCCGCCCUCCGCUGCGUGCAAGAAGCCUUCGCUCACCUCUCCGAUUCCUCGGCUAAUCCCGCUCCCGCUCUCGCUCCUCCUCCUGCUCCUGCUUCCGGCGGCGACGCCUCGGCCGCCGCGGCCGAUGCGUUCUGGACGGCGUGUCCGUACUGCUGCCAUGUGUACCAGUACCAGCGUGCUCUGAUGGGGCGCGCGCUAAGGUGCCCAGGCGCCGGCUGCAGGCGCGCGUUCGUGGCCACCGAGAUCCCGGCCGCGCCGCCGAUUGUGCCGGGCACUGACAUGUACUACUGCGCUUGGGGGUUCUACCCGAUGGGCUUCCCGAAGGCCGCUGAUCUGAGCACCAACUGGAAGCCAUUUUGCCCCAUGUAUCCAUGGAAUUUGUCGUCUCCGCAGCAAGCGCCUGCCGAUGCUGGUAAUGUUAGCAAGCAAAAUGUUGAGAGUAAUGGUGGAAAUGUUAAUAUUAAUGUCAAUACACCGCCGUCGAAUGCACAGCCAGCGAAUAAGAGCGGCGCCAGCAGCGGUGUUGGGGUCGGGCCAUCUAGAGGUAGGAUUAAGAAGACAACAGCCCGCAAGAAGGUUGGUGGUGGCUUCAAGAAGAAUGCCUCUGGAGGCGUAGAAAGUGGCAUUGAGCCAUCGUUGCUUGGGCCGGAUUCGUGGAAUGGGGUUGCAGAGAGUGGAUCGAUGGUAGGUGCAAGAGGAAUUAACAUAAAUGAGGUGGCAAAGGGAACUGAUGGCAGCAGCAUGAUGCAUUUCGGUGGGGACGAGGAAAUUGGUUUUGAUUUGGAUGUCGAUGCAACGGAUGCUAUAUUGGGGAAUUUGCAGCAUCUGCCAUUCUUGAGGGAUGAUGACAAUGCCAGACGGUUAUUUUAGUAGUUGCUGCGGUUGGUGUAGGUAUUCCAAAGAAGUGGUGUAUGCUAGCCUGGUUGAAGGAAUUCCUGCAUGGACCGAUCCUCUGCUGUCGCUUUGCGUUUGUUGUCAUCAUGUCUCAUGUUGCUCUUGUGUUCCUUGGAAAUGUACCCUGUGUCUGUAGUUAGCUGGUGAUCUCUUGUACCACCUGGCUGAGUAAUCUUUAGUCUUUACUAGUUUGUAGACUGUAGAUUAUCCCCCAAAUUAGUUGGGGGACGUGUAGUAUUUAUCAGCUGCAAAUUAAUUGAAGGAGUUUACUGGCGAAGGAAAUAAUGCACUCUGCAUGCCCACAUGGAUGAUCAGCAAGGCUUAACGAAGAGUUUAUCAUGCAACUGAGUCUCAUGGAGCUCCGAUGUCUGGGUCAUCUCAAAAUCGCUCUGUAUUUUGUGACAUCAGUUGAUUCCUUGAGUACUUAUAUCAAAGCAGCUGAAUAAGAGGAUUCACAUGGCCUGGUUUACAGGAUAUCGGUAGCUUGUAAUUUAUACUUGUCUUCUUCGUUGUUACUUGUUAGCUAGGUUGUGGAUGUCCUAAGUCCUAACUGAAAAUAAGUAUGGGCCAUAUGCAUGUGUGUGCAUCCUGUUUCCGUCAAUGAGCAAUGAAGCAGAAAAUACUUCUAGUGACUAUUAUGUUACUUCGCCAUGUUAAAUAUCAGACUCCAGUAACUCUUCUGAA